CCCGAGGCCGCCGCCGCCGACGUGCUGCCCCAGCUGGUCUUCUCCCAGCUCCCGGAGGCUGCCGCAGCGCUCGGCCCGGGGCAGGCCUCGGACAACAACCCGCCCGACUCCGUGCGCGCGGGCGACGGGCGCCUCUCCAGCGCGGCCAGUGAGGCCACGGAGGACGCCGAGUGCGUGGCGACGCUGGCGGAGGUGCGGGGCGCCGCCGGGGCCUCGGGGCCCUCCGGCUGGAGGAUGCUGGAGCUGACCGGCGCCCCCGAGGCGCCGGCGGGGAGGGCGGAGCGGGGCGGCCGCGCGCGCGCCGCGCUGCGCAUGGGCAGGCAGGCCAGCUGGAGGGACACGGAGGUGGCCGGGGCCUGCGAGUGCCCCAGCGUCAUGGAGAGCCCGCGCCAGCAGGAGCCGGAGGCGGCGCCGCGGGCCGCGCCGCGGUGGCCGGUGCCUCCGGUGCCGCUGCCCAGCGGGGUGCCUCCCGCGCCUCUGCCUAGGGGCGAGGCUGGGCCUGGCGGCGCGCCGCCCAGCGACUCGCCACGCCGCGAGGAGGACUGGAGGUGGGACGAGCUCUGCGGCGCGGGCACGGCGCGGGGCUCGCUGCGGAAGGCGGUCGCCGUGCAGAAGGUCGAGUCCAGCAGCGCCUCGUCGGGGAAGCGCCCCGGGAGGCUCGGCCAGCGGAUGCAGUGGCGCGACGCGGAGGUCCUCGCCGCGCACAGCGCCGUGCACCGCGCACAGCCGGAGGCCACGCCAGCGUCCGCGGAGCAGCCCGCCACCGGCAGCGCGGCCAGCGGGCACGGCGCGGGCGAGGCUGCCGCGGGCGCGGGCGAGGAAGGCCCGCAGCAGGGCGACGCUGCGGAGGACGUGCGGCCACACGAGGGCGACAUCGUCCGCAUCUCUGCCGACCCCGACUACAGCCAGCGAUCGGCGGUGGUGACGAAGGUGGGGGAGAAUCACUGCACUGUCGUGGUGCUCGAUGCUUCGGAGCGCUUCGGCGUCGACGAGCGCUACCCAUACUUCAAGAACAUCAGGCUGGUGAACAGCGCUUUCCGCUUGCGCAACAGAGUUGCGGUUGCGGGGCUCAAGGGCGCAAGGACUCGCCACCUCAACGGACACACGGGCUCGAUCGAGAGGCAUCCUACCAACGGACACCCCGUCUUUGUCACAGUCCAGAAGCCACCAGCACCAGAUAAGACUCAGCUCAUAUUCAAGGCUCGACGACCCCGCCAGCCCGGAGGACCCCUGCGUGCUGCUGGAACCGCGCUUCCUGCAGCCGUGCGAGGACCACCUCCGCAGCGCCGCGCGGGACCUGGGCGACGUCAUCGCGCAGCUGACGGGCCAGGCCGCGCCGGCAUCGCCCGCGGGCAGCCCCUAGGUGCCGGCCACAUACGGCCAGGAACUUGA